AUGGCCGAGUUCACCAUCAACAACGUGGUGCAUGCCUCGACUGGGCAUACGCCGUUCUACGUGAACACCAUGCGGCAUCCACGCCUUCCGAGCACGCUCGGGGCGGUGGCUUCCUCCUUAAGUGGGGGAGGAUCUACGGUUAUGUUCGAACAACCGCAGAAGGCAGCUGAUACGGAUCUAUCAGCUGCAAUGACACGUGCGAGAGCGAGACCCCGCACACGACAUGGCGACGUGUCAGUGCCGAGCACUGACACUGUGAAGAACCACGAGCAGGCGACACCUGCUUCGGCCAAGGACAACGUGUCUGUGCGAGGCACAGACACCGCGAAGACUCACGCACAGGCCGGGCUUGUUGCACGCUCAAGUGAUGUAUCAAUGUUGAGCAUCGAUACUGAUUAG